UUCCGGCGGAGCUCUCUUGCAUGGCGCGUGAAGCUCCCCCCCCCCUCUUCUUUAACUGAACUGAACCCGAAGGGCGUCCAUUGUCUCUCCUCUCUGCGCAACAAAUGUUUCCUUCUUCCUUCGAGAUAUUCCUCAAAAUCUUUUAGAGCGCUUCAAUCAUUCCAGCUCAAUCGGAAACCGGCAUUCCUCUUGUGAAACUUGAAUAUUGAUGUUCGUGCUACUUGCGCUCUGCAUCAACACGUGGGCUAUCGGUCUACCGCUCUCCUCGACUUCUCCUCUUCAUCGUUCGCCCUCGAGGAUCCUCGUUACCUCCCUGUAGUCCCUUCAAUCUUGACGAGGUCCCCGAAAACACGCCACGUUCCCCGUGGCCAUGUCUGCCCAGUACUAUCCCCCUCCCCCAUCGGGAGGCCAAUCCCAGCAGAAUUAUCCUCCGCCUCCGCAAUCGCCGCCGGCGAACCAGACCAAGUUCUCCUACCCUGCUCCUCCCUCGCAACCUCAGCACAGCCAUAGUAUGAGCUACCCUCCACCACCUCAGCCCUCGCCAGGCCAGUCGCAGAACUACCCGCCCCCUCCUCAAGCUUCGCAGACGCAGAAUUACCCUCCCCCUCCUCCCGCCCAGUCAAGCACGCCUCAGAACUACCCGUUCCCUCCUCAGUCUCCGUCCGGACAGACCACGAGCUACCCUCCCCCCCAGCAGACGUCUCCAAGCCAGGGAAGGACGUAUCCCCCGCCUCCUCAAGCUACUACGUCGCCUGCGCCAGCUCAGCAAUACCCCCCGCCUCCAGGCCUUUCCCAAGGACAGCCUCAACAGCAGCCUCAACAACAACCGUAUCAACAACAGCAGUACCAGUCGCCUCCUCAGGCGUCGCCGCAGCCGUCACCUCAGCACCAGCAAUACCAGCAGACGCACCAACAAACGCAACUUCCCUUGCGACAACCAGAAACCCCUGAUUCACAGCCUCAGUUCUCUCCUCCGCCUCCCACCUUUGACGGCCCGCCCGAAUCCUCCAGCCUGCCGGAGAAGCAAUAUGUCGAGGAAACACCAGUCGAUACGAGCAACCCGUCCAACCUCGUCGGAGGCGCACCCCCCACAACGCACUUCAUAGGAGCCACAGCCGCCGUCGAUGACGUCGGCACCUUCAACGGCGGGAGCUACCGCAUCAGUCACAGGGACAGCAACACCAUCCUCACCGUCCAACUGGCCAUGGGAUGCCCGUUGCAGGCGAAGCCGGGUGUCAUGGUGGCCAUGUCGCACUCGAUCACGCUCAAGGGCCAGCUCAAGUUCAGCAUGAAGAAGCUUGUGGCCGGUGCCGAGAUGGCCAGUUCCACCUUUGUCGGGCCCGGCGAGCUUCUCUUGGCCCCACCCAUGCUCGGCGACAUCACCAGUCUGCGUCUUACGGGCCAGGAGACGUGGUCGGUCGGACAGGACGCGUACCUGGCUUCCACUCAGGGUGUCAUCAAAGACUACAAGCGCCAAGGUCUUAGUAAGGCCAUUUUCAGUGGCGAGGGGCUGUACGUGUACAAAAUCAGUGGCACCGGACUGCUUUGGCUCACCAGCUUUGGCGCCAUCAUUCGUAAAGACCUCAUGGACGGUGAGAAAUAUGUCGUGGACAACGGCCACUUGGUGGCAUGGAACGUCAAGUACAUCAUGGAGCGAGUCGCCUCUGGAGGUAUCAUCUCGGGCCUUUCCUCGGGCGAGGGUCUGGUUUGCAAGUUCACGGGCCCCGGAACUGUCUUCAUGCAGACAAGGAAUGCGAAACACUUCAGCGCCUAUCUUUCCGGACAGGCAAAUCAGACGGUCUAGGGGUGCUUGAAUUGUUUACUUGUAUCUCGACAGGUGUGCUAUGACUUGCUUCAGGAAGAAGUGGCAUUGAAAACCCGGGCAGAUAGAUGACAGAGUCGGAGGGCGAUUCUUUUGAGUGGUAUUGAGCGCGUAGCGUACUGGAAUUGACAUUCUCUCUACUUGUCUCCGCU